UACGCCACAGCUGUGAACAUAUACCUCCUCUGUGGUUCGCACGCGCGCUCUGAGAAAGGGGGCAAAAGCGAUCGAUAUUCAGUGAUUGAUUUUUGUACCAUUGAAAAACGCACAUCUACACAGUUAAAGUCGCGGCAAGAAGGAGGGUGGACCAAAACGUUAUGAGGAGGAAAUCGGCAAGAAAAAGGCAAAGUUAGGAAUGGAUUGUAAGUUUUAUCUUCAAGCUUUUACCUAAGUGAUCAAAUUGGAUUGAUGGGUCUUGAAAGAUAUCUUAGGAAAUCUUAUAAGAUAAUCUUACAUGCCCAUUUCACAAACAUUGCCUCUGAUGGUAGCCUGUGGGACUCUCUUGAAUUGUAACUCCUCAUUUUCCAGCCCAGACUGCAUGCCUCUGGAUGAAUUCCAUCCAUUCAUUGAGGCUCUGUUGCCUCAUGUGAAAGCCUUCUCGUACACAUGGUUCAAUCUGCAAGCGGCCAAACGCAAAUACUUCAAGAAACACGAGAAGCGCAUGAGCCUUGAGGAGGAAAGGAGGUGCAAAGAGGAACUGCAAAAUGAACGAACAGAGGUAAAACAGAAAUGGGCAUCUCGCCUUCUGGGGAAGCUUCGGAAGGAUAUAACACAAGAAUGCCGUGAAGAUUUUGUUUUGGGUAUCACAGGGAAGAAACGAGUUAGUUGUGUUCUCAGUAAUCCUGACCAAAAGGGUAAAAUGAGGAGGAUAGACUGUCUGCGGCAAGCAGAUAAGGUGUGGCGACUAGACCUUGUGAUGGUAAUCUUGUUUAAAGCUAUUCCUCUGGAGAGCACUGAUGGAGAGCGUCUUGAAAAGUCACCAGAGUGCCUCCACCCCAACCUUUGUGUUAAUCCAUACCACAUCAAUGUCUCCGUCCGAGAACUAGACCUGUAUCUGGCCAAUUUUAUACUCAGCCAUGAAUCGUUAAGUGGUAUUAGAGAUGGCUUAUGUGAUAGCAAUAAAGAAGAUGAAAGAGAAACAGAUUUCGUCUUUCCUUCUGGUGUUUAUACAUCUGCAGAACUGUAUAGGUUGUCCAAAGCCUCUAUAUUGCAAACCACAAGUAAUUGCCAACCAACCCUAAGUACCAUGAUCAAGAUUGAAUCUCCUACCUAUUACUGCAACAGUUAUUCCUCACCUCCUGAUCACCGGGGGCUCCCCUCAGGGCCUCCUUUAGCUUUGCAUCCCCACAACAAUCAUCCUCCAAGUCCUCCAGAAGAACCUCAUAGUAAACGGCUACGUAAGAUGUCUGCCAAUGAUGAUGAUGUCGUUGACAAAGUCCACAACGACAUAUCCAGUUUUUACGGGCAGAGCCCAGCUCAGUUGCACAGCCAAGCCUCUUGGAGUAGUGAUAUUGACCAAGGUGGACCCCUGACCCCACACCCACCCUCCAAGGAAAUUGGUAUCACAGCGGCUGAUGCCGAUCAAUCCUCCAAACUUCAAGAUGGUUUGCAGCAACACACAGCAAUGAACAUGACAUCUCAGGCCUCCAAUAUUAGUGGUCCCCUUCCCCAUUCCAGUCCUUACUACAUCACUCCUGGAAAGUACCAAGAAAAUGGAGACACGCUCUCUGAUUUUGUCAACCUAGUGUGCCAAGAAGCUCAGAAUUCUGGCCCAAGCCCACAAACCAGCCAAGAUUCUGAGGCACAGAGUCCCACAAAAUUGCCACACUUCUACUCCAAUCCGAUGCUUCCUCCUCCCCCACCUGCCCCUAUGGCACGACCUGUAGCCAUCAUACGAUCAACAGGCAAACUCGCUGCAUUUUCUGAGAUCAGCGGUUCUGCUCCAAGCCCUCCAAGCAAUGUGAAUCAGCCCGGGCCUAGGAAUAGUUCCCCUGUCUCUGAAACAUCUCCUGUAGGCAACUCUGUUGUUAGGGACAGUCGGAAGCAGCUGGCUUCUCCGCCAGCUCCUUCUCCAGUUGCUCCUGGUGGCAGCAACGGUCUUGAUGGUUCCCAAAACAACAGAGGAUCUAUGAGUAGUCCUUUCGCUUCUCUACCAAGGCCAGAUAAUAACUUCUCUCACAUUCAUCCACAAACCCACCAGCAGCUCUUCUCAUACACAAACAUCAGCCCAGUGAAUGCGAUGAGUGGUAUGAUCAGCCCCACCAAUUUGAGCAUGUUCACCUCCCCUUCUACUACGCCGCGCACGACCCCUCGCACCACCCCUGUGCCCAGGUGGAAUGCAGCUCCUUUCAUCACCUUAGACGAGAACCUCGAUUACAACAUGAUGGCAGGACUCAUGCCCACCAACCAUACAGACUCUGACCCACCACACAUCAUUGAGACUGAAGGAGAAAUAGAAGAACGCUACUUCACUGUUGUUCACAACAAUGAUGGUGUAGAUGCAAGCAGUCAAACUGCCGGUGGCAGUGCCCCUGUGACUCCUACAAAGUCUCAACCAUCCUAAGUUAACAGAUUUUUAUAUUUUAAAAACCACAUAGAAGUGUACAAUAGAAGGGAAAACACCUUAUCGCCCAAUUCGUUUGUCGAGAUUAUCGUUUUGCUAUUGUUUGAGGGACAGCAGUGACUACACAUACUUACCCACAGCUCCUGGUUGGUGUUGGCAAACUCUCUGCCAAAAGGUUCGCUAAAAUAAUGCAAAAGUACAAAGCAAAGUAAACUCGUAAAAAAAAGUACUCAAGUGUGUGUGCCAGAGACAAUCAAAAGGCGUUGGAUGAAAGGAAACCAAACUAAAAUAAAAGAAAGGAGCAUCAAGACUGGAAUUGAUGCCUUAUCUAAACACCUCACCUUCUGAAGAGGUGCUGUGCUCUUAUUCUCUUCCAUUUCAUUGCUUAUAGCUAAGAGAUUUCUAAGACAAUUACUUCCGCCCAUUGAGAUUUCACUAUGGUUACUUCCUGGGGCCUCAGUAGGUUUUCAAGAAUUUUGCAUUUUAAGGACUUAACAGUAGAACCUUCAGCACACCCAGCCAGGAAAGGGAAUUGGGACACUGCUGUGAGUUUGACCAUCACCUGCUUAUUAGAGCUUACAUUUUAUAAUACUCACAUCCCCACUGACUUCGCUUAUCUGCAAUGUAAAUAACAUCCUGCUUCAUUCAAGUUGAGAAUUUUGUUGUAAAUAGAUUUCUAUUUUAAAGGCAAAACUACUGUUAUAAAGUAGGAAUGUCAAAUUAUAAACUUUUAUCUUUAAUAGUUUUCUCAAGUGUAAAUCAAAGCCCAAAAUUAUUUAUAAUUACUUCUAAUAUCAUAGCUGUUGAGUAGCUAUUGAAUAGAAAUACAAAUUAUUUUAGCUUUUUCUCAGAAUGAUUGGAUUUGUUUUAAAUUUUUUCACUGUGGCUAGUUCAAAAAAUAAAAUGUAUAUAUUUAUAUAUAUAUUUAUUAAAAAAUUAUUUGCAAAUUUUAAUAUUAAGAGAAAUCCUGUCUUUUGUUUUAAAAAAUAUAUUUAAUUUAAUUCAUUAAUGCCACAACCCUGUUCAUUAUUAUGUUUUUAUUAGUACAGUAAUAAAAAAGAAAAACUUAAGUAUGACAUAAAGUAUUAUUCAGCAUUUCUUUACUCUAGUAAUUCUAAAUAUUUCCAUUUCAUAUUUUUUACAAUUAAUACAUCAUCCAUUCUAUUGGGAGUUCCUAAUUGUUCAAAUUAUUUUUGAAACGUCUCCUCUUUAUUAAUUGUAAAGACUCAUGGUGCUGAUGAGUUGUCAAGUCAGUCAGAAGUUUCAAAUCCAUUACUUAAUCCCUCUGCCGAGGCUGGGUGUGCAUUAGAUAAAAUUUCUGUAGAUUACAAACAAUUUUCUCACUUUUUAAUAAGUCAAAUGAUAUAUAGAAAGGCAUCUCAAUUUGCCUCUUGCCUUUCAAAUCUUUAACUAACGAUUAUUCCUAGUGGCCUAGAAGAUAGUGAGAUAGAAAGCGACUGCUAGAAUAAUUAGAUGCUGCUAGCGAAAUAAAACAAGAUAAUAAUUUUUAUUUUUAACACUCUUUGCUCCUGAAAACUAAGCUCCAUUUAAGACAAAUGUAGAAAAGGUUAGAUGGUAGAUUGAAUUUUCAGAGGCGCCAAAAAAGACAUACAGGAAACUACUAUUUGUGUGUUAGAUUUUUAUUUCUUGAGUCAUAUACCAUAUAUAUUUGUUGAAUAAUUUUUAUUUGUACUUUUUUUAGUAAUUAUUCAGUUAGAAUGCAUAAGGGCUGUGAUCAUGACUAUCUUGUUCAUCUUUCAUGCAAAUGCCAUUAAGAAUGUUUUCUUUCUAAUAUAUAUGAAAUCAUUGAGCGAAAUCACCAGAAAUUUUUUCGAAAAAAAAUCAUUCUAAAGCAAUGUUUCUUUUAUUUUGUUUUUGAAGUUCUACAGUAACUUAUCCUAAAACUUUAAUUUAAAAAAAUGAUAUUUUAAUAAAACUGUUUCAAUGAUUAUGUAAAUGUUUCAAAAUUUACUAAUAUCUUUCUAUGUGUAAUAUCUUUCUAUAUGUAAAAAUAUUUCAUUUUGAAUCGUUUUUAAUGGAAAUGUAAAGCUUGUCAAGAUUCCAUGAUCACACCCAUUCGAACAAAAUGUCCAUUUUGGAUCUUUUAUUUCAAAAAUUUUAUUGUACUUUGUUUAAACCAGGAUUUAUAAUAUCCUCAGCAAAUGUUUUUUAGCAAUUUUAGACGACACCGAGUGAUCUUACGGCUGUCUUGGCGCCUCUGUUCAUUUUAAAAAGAAAAAAAAAGUACUACUAUAAGUGCUCUUGAUUCAGUCUCUUUUGACAUUGUUGAAUCUAUUACAUUUUUCAAGUAGAAACUAUUCAUGAAAUGUAGAAUUAAUGUUAACCAUUUUAAAUUUUUUGCCUCUUUGGCGCAUGAAUUAAAGAAUCUAUUCCUAGAUCUUUAGGAAUGACUUGUUGAAUUAAUACUGAAAAACCAUUCAGGGCAUUUUUACAUUUUGCCCAUCUUUUCCUUGUAGAAUAGGUUUUCUCUCAAUUUUCCUCUCCUGUUGAGGAGAGGAAUGAAAAACAAUGUAAAGUUAUCCAUUUUCUAUUAUAAAGUUGAAUCUCCAUAUUUUUCUGAACUUACCCAAGAAAGAAUUUGCAAGUCUUUUGUUUCUUUAUGUGUGAUGUGAGCACUCAUUUUCUCCCACUUGAAUAGAAAUGCCUUCUCUGUGUUACAACUAUGAAAAGUGAAUUUUAAGAGCAAUAAUGUUAAAUGUUAUUUUCUGAAGCAGUUAAAACUGUGAAACACAGUUAUUCGUUAAAAUUAGUGUUUUGCACAGUUAUAUUAUUAUAAAAGAAAAUUAUGUUUAUUUAUGUUUGUUGUUAAAUGAAAGCAUUUAUGUUACCAAGGGCAAUGUUAGAAAUAAUGAUCCCAGAUGCCAAAGAUAAUUGUAUAGUGUUUCGACCUGGUUUUGCCCUGGGUCUGUGAAGCUGAAAUUAAUAUUGAAAGAUUAUGUUUAUUACUUGGUGAUUAACAGCAGCAGUGCUAUGGUGCUAUAUUGCAUGCUGAUAAGUUCUUGAAGAAUUGUUAUUCAAACUCUCAGGUAAUUUACAUUUUAUGAUAAAUCCAAUGAUUUUCCUGCAUUAAUUUUGUAGAGUAAACUUUUAUCUUGUUCUUGACUUUUUCUCCUUAUAAGCACCUUUUGCAUUCAAAUUUAACACAUAUUUCUAAAAUUCAACUGCAUUAUAACUUCCCUAACUCAGAUGCUAUUAAUAUUCGUAGUUACAAUUGAAUAGUAGAAAAUUUCUCUAAAAACAGAUAUAUUCUUGCCUUGCAUUUCAUUUCCAUUCAUUUUCAAAUUCAAGUUUUGAUAAAGAUGAAUGACAUUUGAAUUAAUACUCAAUAUUAUCUUUCUCUAACUCUUCUUUCAUAAAUUUUUAAAAAUUUACUUUAAAGAUAAUUUGUCAUAUUAUAUUUACAAAUCUUAGGAUAACUUAAUAUCAAUCCACUUUUGCUUCAAGUCUAAAAUUUCUCUUUGUUCCUUUUGUGCAUACAAAUUCUUACUUAUCUUUGAUAUGUGCCAUAUAUUGUUCUCAAAUAACUCAAGAUUUUUUUUUUUUUUUAAAAUUCAGAUAGCUAUAAAAAUUAUUGAAUAACAUUUAUGUAGUUUAGAAUAGUCAUCUUUAGGCUUUGCUUUUUAAGAAUAUGAUAUUUAUAUUCAUACCAUCUGUGGCAGUUGAAACAAAAAUUGUUUUGGACUGUUUCAAAUCUCAUUUGAUAAUGCUGCCAAGUUUGAUUUCUUUGUACGGAAUUUUAUAGCUUUUUGAAGCAAAAUGAUUUUUUUUUCGUGAUGAAUUCUAUUAGGCACCAUAUGGGGCAUUGAAUAGAGAAGGUAGCAUGAUCAAGUAAGAUUUGACAAUUGUCUGUUGUUUUUUAAUUCACUUUCUACCAGCAUUUCCUCCAUUUUCUUCCUUUUGCCUGAUUUACACUAGUCUGUAUAUUUUUUGUUGAUUUUCUAGAACUGUACAUACAAGUUAUUACCAUUAUAGAUUUUAUGUAGCUGUAAAUUAAGAGAGUGAAGAGAAUCUGCUAAAUUUUAUGUAGCGUGACAAUGUAAGCCCGGUGUUACUCAUCUGAAUUCUAUUGUAAUAUUUUGCAUGUUUUUCAUUUUUCUUGUGUGCUGUGAAAAUUAUAAAUUAUAGUAUUCGUUUUUCAUCUUCGAACGCUGUUUUGUUUUGAGUUCUAUUCUCAGGAUGUGUGGAGAGACAUUCACAUGUUUUGCAAAAGUUAGUCUUCCUCCAAUAACUACCCUUGCAUUCUCAUUUUUCAUGAUGCUUUGAAAUGCAUUAUUUUAAAUUCAUGUAUGUAUUUGUGUAUAUAAUGUGCAUUGUACAGCUUUAGUUAGAAGUUUUUAAUAUAUUGCAUUAGGAAAGUUUUCUUAACAUGAUAUAGAUUUGAGUUUUGUAGUCGGGCAUUCUUGCUGAGGCAUUUACUUUCUGUGAUGUUUUAUGUGGUAGAGUGGCUUUACAACUUGUGUUAUUAACAAAGAUCAAGUGCUUUCUUAAAUAUUGCGAAAGCUAAUGCUUGACAGUGAUUACUGGAAGCAAUAAUAUUUCUAUUUCAUAAAUAGUACUUUAAGAAAUCUAUUUUUAUUGAAAUUAUGGCAGUGAUGUUUCUUGUAACAUGCAACAAACUCUUUUAGUCUCCUACUUUUUAUUUAUUAAAAAAGUUUCAACUGAUUAUGAAAUACAUGUUCUUUCAAUAUAAGGUCAUGUAUAUGAAAUACAUGGCCUUUCAUAUUAAGUUUAAGGUAAUCAUAGUGUAAACGGUGAUGUAACUAGAUAAUAUAGGGGCCCCUGACAGAUAUUUAGGAUGGGGGCCAUUAGAAAAUGAAAAUCAUUACAUAUUGAAGAAAUGUUUCUUUUUUGUAAUGCUUAAUUACACUUUACUGAUUGAUUUUAAAGACCCUAAAUUUAAAAAUAUAUAUUAGGAAACAAUUCAAUACUCAUUGAAUGUCUGUUGAAUUUUUGUAGAACACUUACUAUUGGAGUGUAUAUAGAGAUUAAUUUAAUUUUAUAUUUACCACAGUGUUUACUUCAUUAAUAAACUUAAUUAAUUUUCUGUCCUGAAGAAUAUGACAGGCAUAGUGUUUGAUAUGCGCCAUAUAGAUUGUAUUGCAGUGUCUGAACCCCUGGCAUUCUGCUACUGUAUGGUUACAUCAUUAAAUGAAAUAUUCUGUUUCAUGAUGAGACAUUAAAUGGAAUUUAUUGUGAUACUAGAAAUUAUAAUCAGUAAUUAAACAGUCGUAUAUUUGAAAUGGUGUAUGAUUGUUUGCACAUUUUCAAAAUAAAUUUUUUUGAAAUAAUGUAAAAAGCAUUUUUAUAGCAAAUGUUUUUUUAAUACUAUUUUAGAAUCUGUUAUUUCUCCAGGCAUGGAUAUUUUACAAGUUUCAGUAGUUCACUUUGAUAUGUGUUGGUCGAUCUAGAAUGAUCUUAUAUACUGGUUUUAACCUAUUUUAUUCUAGUAUCAUGAAGCAGCUUUGUUACAGAAUGCUUUUAAAGAAACAUUUCUGUUUUAAAACUGUAGUUCAAAUAAUCAAAACAGAUAAUUUAUGUCUUAAUUAUUGUCAAUUAAAAAGUGGAACUUUGAGGGUUAAUAUUUCAGAAUAAGAGCUUAAAACUUCUUUGAAACCUAUUUAACCAAUUUCAGAAAUAUUUGUUAUAUGUAUUUUAAAUAUUGAUUUUGCUUUCAUAUGUGUGUUAUUUAUUCUUUUAAUUAAUUUUCUCCUUUUUCUUUUAAUUUUUAUUUUGUAUGCUCUGUGUUUUAGUAUGCUAGCGAAAUCCAAAAAUUUUUUUAAAGAGUUUUAUUUAUACACAUAAAAAAUUCUAUUUUAAAUUGCUAUAUAUGUAUGAAAGUUGCUUGUAGCUGUCUUUUAGUCAUGUAAGUGCCAAUUGUUUUGUUAUUAUUUUUUUAAAAAUCAGAUUGCUUGUUGAAUCGUACAGUUGUAAAUAGUGUAUGUUUUGUUGUUACUUCCUUGUUAUAGAAAUUUGUUGAUAAGUUAUUUUUAAAAAAUUGAAUGAAUUCUUUUGUGUAAAAACACAUUGCAUUGGUAAAUACUUUUGUAAAUUUGAGGUGAUAUUUAUUUAAUUACUUGUUAUGUUUUUCUCUUUAUAGUUAUUAUUUUGAAGCUUAUAAAAUAGCGAAAGUUCACUUAUAAAGAUAUUUAAAUCUCUAAAAUAUUUAAAAUAAAUAAUAACUAAAAAUAUUUCAGAAAUAAAAUAUUGUAGAUAGUGUAAUAUCUGAUAUCUUUUAAUAAUUAUAUAUAUUUUUUUCUGUAUUUGAAAAUUAAAUUUCUUCUUAUCUUUCUGACCUUAAAAUCAGCUCAAUGAAUUUUCUAUCAAAAUUAAUGAUGCAAAUUUAUUUUGCAAUAAAGACUAAACAUAUGAUUUAUGUACUGUAUUUAAAAUCUAUGCAUCCCUUUUUUUCACUGUUAUUAUUGAAAUGUUUAAUAUUGCAGUACUACUAUCCGGUGUUUCUUAUUCUAGUCUAAAAGUACAUAUAUUUUGUUUAAGAUGUCCAAAAUUAAUCAUGUUAUUUCAGUGCCUCUGCAUAUUAAUUGCUCUAGUUUUAUACAUGUUCUUGUUCUCAAAGUUUGUGUAUUUAUAUUAGUGAAUUUACCUGCUGCGCUUGUCCCCUGAUCUUAGACAUACGGACAUUAUGCUGUACAAGUAAAGAAAAUUUCUUCAAGCAAACUUAAUUGCAUCAGAAUUUCUUAUUGAAAUCAAUAUGUGAUGCUGUUUCCUGACUUAUGUGAACGGUUGUUGAUAUUUUUCUCAAAACUGCAGGAAAAUAAUUUCUUUCAGAAUAAAUUUCACAUCUAAUGAAACCUGAAGCUGAAUGUUUGGAAUGGUGUUAUCUCCAAAAUAUGGUUUCUCCAUUUUUAAUUGUUGCCUUUGAGUCAUCUGUUUUCAUGAAGCAAUAAUAUUAACAGUAUUUUAUGAAUAAUGUUGAGCUCAUCUAUGCCAAGUGCCUGAUAUUUUAUACAGUAUUUGCCUCUAUUAUCAGAUGUUAUGAAGAUAUUUCUUCCUAUUAAAUGCUUUCUCUAUAUUAUUAGCAAUAACAUUUGUACAUAUGCCUUAUAAAUAUUGGUAGAUGUAAUGUAGUGUGUUUAGAUUUAUUGCUAGUAAUGAUGCUGUAGCUAUUCAAACGACCCUUUCUUUCUCCACUGAACUUAAUCUCUGUUGUUAAAUUGCAGAUCUUUUGAAAUGUUGUGUAUUCUAAUCUGAGUAUUAUCUGUGAUAGAGUUUUAGGGUUCCUUCACUUUAGAUACAGUAAUUUUUAUUUAAAGUGUCUAUCUCCCUUCAAAUAAACAAAAAAAAAAAUCUUCUAAAAUCAUUUAUAUUCAUUGCUGGAAUGAUUUUAUUUUUUGAAGCAAAAACCAUAUAGUUCUUAGGCUAUUUUUUUAUUAUUAUUAUUCUUAAGAAUUAGAUCAUAAUGAAUUAAUAUAAUCAAUGACCAAAACCUACUGGUAUUUCAAGGAAGCCAUUAUUUUAAUAUAUGUGAUUAUAACAUUUGAAGGUUUGCAAUAAAAUAUCUAAAAAAAUAUUACAGAAUAUAACCACAAUAAAGAAAUGCAAGUUAUUGCUACUUACCUCGAAUAAUUUCUUUUAUGAAAAAGUUAAGUAAAUAACUUUGAAUUAAAAAGGAGGGGGCUUUAUUUUACUGCAAUAAGCAUAAUUAUAAUGAUAAAGAAAUGUUAAGUCCAUCUCUAAAAUAAUAAUAAUAAAUAAAGUUUAAAUUUUCCCUAAUUUUGUUAGCAUAUUAGGUUUUAUAAAUUUACUUGGUCUCUUAACUUGUUUAAAUAUUACUUAAUUUGUUUAAAUAUUAUUACUAUAUGUCUAUUAAAUUUCAUUUGUAAUGUCCAGUCAGUCCAUACAUUACCAUCAAUUCCUAAAUAUUAUGUCAAAAUCUGUGGUUACUGAUGUUAAUUUUUUAAUAUUUAAAGUAAUAAUAUUAAUAUUGUAUACUAUUAAUGUAUUUCAUGUAAUGUGAUUAAGAGUUCUUGUAUUUAAUUUCCUUUAAUAAAAUCCAAAUGAAAGUAAAGUUUAAUAUUCCAAUUCAUUUUUAAAAAGUAAUGUUCAAAAAGUCUUCAUUUUAAAAAUUAUUGCCAUAUCUAGAAAUAUUUUAUGCAGAAAUGUAGAAUAUCAAGUAAAUUUAAUUAUCUUAAAAGCUUGAUUUUUUUUAAAAAGAAAUAUAUACCAUUUUCUUGAGUAUUUUGAAUUGUAAUCCUUUGAUAUUUGUUAUGCUGAUUGAUGGUAAUGUGGAUGGGAAAAAAAUUAUUCCAAAUUGAAAGCCAAUUAAGAACUGUAAAUCUAAAGUAUAUAGAGCAAAAGGAUAUAUUCAUGAAUCCCCCCCCCCUUAUUAUUAUCUUGCCUUGCUCUAGUCUUGGGAGGUACUGUGUUCUGAAGGAUGUUCACUGGAGAUAGAGUGGAAAUGUUUGUUUGAAUAUCUGCAGCUCAUUUUAGUGUGCACUCCUCAGCAAGCGAUGCCCAGUUGUAAAGUUUUCUGAGUCAAAUAUGUUCAUGAUGGUGUGGACCACGACCAUUCGUGGUGUAUAAUGUUUUAUCUCGUAUUUUUUUUUGUUGCAUGAAAAGGUUUU